AUGGCUGAAGUAGAGAUCGAUGGAAGUGGCAGUCACAAGUCAAACUCGGACGUCAUGUGGGCCAGAUGCCUGCUCCUCAUCUCAACCUUGCUUGCCCCCGUCGCCAUCGUGUAUGGCCGUGCCCCCAUCCCGAUGGCAGUUGUGCGCAGGGAGCUGUCCUGUGAGUCCUACCCCAUCGAACUGCGCUGCCCGGGCACAGAUGUCAUCAUGAUCGAGAGCGCCAACUACGGCCGCACGGAUGACAAGAUCUGCGACUCGGACCCGGCCCAGAUGGAGAACACCCGAUGCUACCUGCCAGACGCGUACAAGAUCAUGUCGCUCAGUUCACGGUGGCAACAUGUCAAACCUCUGAAGGACCAACACGUUAACUCACUUUCAGAAACGAUCCGGGCAAGGUGCAGCUCAGACGCAACCUCACCCGAACCCAACUUAGUAGUAGUGGAGGACGAAGGCGAUAGGAUAUAUGGGGUCUCCGCUUGUGUGGCCACUCUCCUCCAGCCGUUCCCAUCCAUUAUUUAUACGCAGGCACACACACGAGCGCACACGGCACGCUCCGCGCGCAGCACACACUGCCCAGGGGCUCCACCAGACUUUAAGCUCCAAUUAGCAGAGCCAGAGGCCAGACUUAAUCUUAAGGGAUCCUCUAUGGAGCGGUCCCGCAAGACAAAGAGAAACCGCUUUCGACAAGAACAAGACGAGCAAGGGGGAGUUUUUGCCGCCCCUCCACUCCUCAGUUUUCCCCUCCCUUCCUUGUUUUUUGAGGCGUCAAACACCGACAUGGCGAGUGAAGGCGAGCGCAUGCGCGUGUACCGCCACCCUCAUAUAGUCGCCACGACUACAGGAGAUGCCCUGCGGCACCCUGGGGGCCCAACUGUCACCCUUGUUCACUGCAAACCUCCGUAUAUCCACAUGUCCAAGUCGGCCCCUGUCACCACGACUCUGCUAACCCCAGCUAUCAUGCUCCACCGAGCAGCAAAGCUGCCCGGCUGCCCGGGAAAGGCCGGAAUCUGA